UGUUCUCAAAUGAGAAAUUUAAAUGCGAUUUGUGAUGAUUUAGAUUUUUGCAAUAUCAGUGAUGUUGUGUUUUAGAAUGUAGGUAAAUGCAUUUUUUUUUUAAAUUUUUAAAAUCACUGGUAAAACAAUAAAAUCUGUAUACUUUGGCGAUAUUUUUAAACCUUGAAGAAAACUUGUAACUUGUGAUAGGAGUUAUAAGUUUUCGGUUUAACUUUUGAUCCUGGUAAUGGAUUUUCAAAGUGCAAUGGAAACAUUUGCCGAGGCAUGGGUGGCUGCAAAUGCUGGACAACAGACACAAGCACUUGCUUUAACCCGCUCAAAGUCCCCAUCAUCGUCGGAAAUUAGUGUGAAGAAGGAGCUUUCGUUAUCACCACCCCACCAUCAACAAUUCCAACAGCAUCAGCCGCAGCAGCCAUCAUCGCAGCAAUUACAACAGCCACAGCUUCAAAUUGCUCGCGACACACAAUCAGCGUCAUCGACGUCACUAUCGUCAGUUGGUGGUGGAGGCGCUGAUGGUGGUGGCGGAGGCGGAGGAGGUGGUAGUGGAAGUGGCAAUGGUGGCGGUAGCGGUAGCAAUGGUGGUGGUAGUUCUGGUGGAGGCAGUGGACAGUCAAUGGAGAAAAAUCAAUCUCUGUACUCAAUGAAACAUCAUUUAAACCAAAUUUCUCAGCAAAAUCACCAAAAUCAGAAUUCAACGCUAGAUCAUCAUCAUCAUCAGCAUCAAGAGUCACCAAGCCCAAAUUAUGCAAGGAGAUCAGCGGAAGCCUCACCUGUGCCAUCAUCAAUAAAUGAUCAUGCAACAGCAGCUGCAGCAGCGGCGGCGGCGGCAGCGGCAGCAGCAGCAGCCAUGGCAUCAAGUCAUAGUGGAGGUGGCGGAUUUCGACCAUUGGCUAUGUCAAUACCAAAAAUUGAAACUCCUACGCCUUCGUCUUCGUUGAGUGAAAAUGGCCCGAGUGGAGUCACAAAAAGUGGUGGUAUGAUCAUGACUGCCUCGAACGAAAAAAUGAAGAGAUCACCGUCCGUUGAGCCACGUGAAUUCGAUUUAGCCAAGGACAUUGUAAAACUACGUUGUAUUGUGGAAUCCGUUCAUUCAUCACAAGCUUCCUUAAUGGCAAACGAUACAAGAAACAUCUACAAAAGACGUCCUAAUAUAGAAUCAGAUUGUUGUGUAGAUGUGGGGACAUCAACCCUUUGGAAAGAUAUUGUAAAUACAGCCCUUCAUAAUCUUGGCUAUUCGAUGGAAGUUGCAAGUACAGCAAGAGGUUCAGUUAUAAUUAAAAAUUGGAAACCAAUUCCUUUGGAAAAUAUUUCCGACAAUCCUGUGGUACAAGUUGGUGAUAUAUUGGGUGAAUUGGCGUCUGUUAUUACACUAAGGAUAAUUAUUUUAAGAGCGAAAUCAUCUCCUUUCGGUGAAAUCAAAGAUAAAUUAUUGAGAUUGUUGGUUUUACAAUCGCAUACGUUACUCAGAUCAAGUGGAUGUCCUUUAGAUGAGGUUAUCCUUUCGCAGAUCUGUCGUAGUUCAUACCAAAGUUCAUUUGAUUAUACAGGAGAAAUUUCCGAUGAUUUGCGCCGCAAAUUUGACCAGUGGUGGAGCAAUCAGCUUUCACCACAAUCCCCUAUAGCACCGAAAAUGCUGCCCUUUAUGGCUGCUGCGGCAGCAGCAGGUGCACCCCACCAGCCAAGUGGCAUGGACUUUAGUACCGUUGGUCAAAUGGCGGCUGCAGCUGCUGCCGCACGCAGUAUGCAUCACACGAAUCGUGACAACCUUCUGGGCGAUAGCCAUCAACCACCACCACCACCGCCACAUCAUCUUCACCCGAGUAUGAUUGUCCAUCCAGUUAUGCAUCCACAUCCGAUGCAUCCGCAUCAUGGUUCAUAUCCGACGAAUCAAAAGACCCGCAUGCGAACGAGUUUCGAUCCAGAAAUGGAGUUGCCCAAACUACAGAAAUGGUUUCAAGAGAAUCCUCACCCCUCACGGCAGCAGAUACAAACCUAUGUGAUGCAAUUGAAUUCGCUGGAGUCACGACGCGGCCGCAAGCCGUUGGAUGUUAAUAACGUGGUAUACUGGUUUAAGAAUGCACGUGCUGCCCAAAAGCGGGCUGAAAUGCGCGGUGGUGUGGGACAGAUGCCGGGUGCGGGUAUGGGAGGAGCUGGCGGACCCUUGGGUGCUGGCCAUUCGGCCAAUGGAUACCUGAAUCAUCAUGCCCAGCAAAUGAUGUCUCACGACUAUUUGAAGAGUCCGAUGAGUCUGAAGUCCGAUGAUAUUGAUACAAUGUCGCAGCACUCCGACGACAUGGAUGAUGACCAAAGUCGGCCGAUUUCCCCUCAGCUGCCACUAUCGCUGACCAUGCAUGAACGCAACAGAUCACCCGAAGAUGGACGUUCGUCAAUGGGCAAAGACGAUGCGACAAGCAACCACAAUGGAUCGACGGCCGCCGAAAGGAACAGUCAUUCGGCUGGUGGAGGCAAUAAUAACGAGGAGCUGCCAAAUGGAAAUACAGAUCGUCACUCUGAUGUUGAGACACAUUCACAACAUGGCGAAUCCAACAACAAUAAUAAUAGUAGCAACAAUAACAACAACACCAACAACAAUAACUCAAGCCAUCGAAGCUUAGACGAACGCUGUGAAUCACCCAAAAACUCACACAAGUCUGAAGAUCUCGAAAUGGACGAUGACAAUGACAAUGAUAAUGACCAUGACUUUGGAACACCUUCGCCCGAUCUACGAAAGGACAUCUUUCCAAUGGUUUCGAAUGCAAUGUUUCCACAGUCGCUCAUGUACAUGACCUAUAUGCCGGGCUUUGGUCAACCCGGUCAUCAUCCGCAUCAUGCUGGAGCCGGGAUGCAUCCCUCGGUGCCAAUGGGUACGAGCAACUUAAGUCUAUCGAAUAUCUCGAGCGAAGAGCGACGCAAGCGGAAUCGAACGUUCAUUGAUCCCGUGACGGAGGUGCCAAAGCUCGAACAAUGGUUUUCAAUGCAAUCGCAUCCAUCGCAUAAUAUGAUAAUAAAGUAUACCGAUGAUUUGAAUACGAUGCCUUAUAGACAAAAGUUUCCCCGCCUAGAAAGCAAAAAUGUCCAAUUCUGGUUCAAGAACCGUCGAGCCAAGAACAAACGUCUAAAAUCAAUCUUCGACCCGCAGACACAAUGUCCCCAACUCGGCGGAAUCAACUCGUUCGGGCUGAAAUAUGAGGAGCGGGAUUGAAAUACGGCAUCCAAUGGUGCUACCUACCAAGCACCAUCUCCCUACGGGCCAUCUUUAUUCUAUCCCAGCAUAAGUCGAUAAUAAUAGUGAAUAACUCUGAAUAAUUCAGGAGGACAAUGAUGACGUCAUAUCACAUAAGGAAAAUCCUUGCCAUUGAUCUAAACAUAGAAAUAACUCAAACUUAUACCACAUAAGAAAAAGGUAUCAAGCCUCGUGAGAUAUCCCAAAAUUGAAAAUCAAAACUCCGUUUUUCCAAACCAUACAUGGAACUAACAAUAAAAAGAAUAUAAUUAUUUUAAUACAAACAACGCACUUAUAAAUUUUUUGCAAUUACAACAAAUUCAAAAAUUAGUCAAAGUAUUUGUAAGAAAAUAAACAUUAACAGAAAAUAUUAAAUUAGUUUUCCUUUUGUACAAUGAUACAAAAAUAAAAUAAUAUCAAACUUCCAAAAUCCCAGUUGA